AUGGCGUCGCGAUUGGCAAAGAGUGCUCUUGGCGCUUCUCGGGUCCGUCCCGUUCUCUCCACCAAAGUCCUUCCCGCCCUUUGCCCGGUGAGCUCUACUCGAUUUGCUUCCAGUGUUCCUGUCGAAGACCCAAAGACCAAGGCUCAGUCUAUUAUCGAUGCCCUCCCUGGGAAUUCUCUGGUUUCCAAAACCGCCAUUCUGUCUGGUGGUGCCGGUCUGGCCAUUGCUGCAAUCAGCAAUGAGCUUUAUAUCCUAAACGAGGAGACCGUUGCUGCUUUCUGCCUUCUCAGUGUAUUCACGGCUGUUUUCAAGAUGGCUGGCCCCCUUCAUAAGCAAUGGGCCCAGGGCCAGAUCCAGAAGCAGAAAGACAUUUUGUAUGCCGCACGCGCCGAUCACGCCAACGCAGUUACCCAACGUAUUGAGAAUGUCAAGCCAUUGAGCGAAGUUGUUAGCGUCACGAAGCAGUUGUUUGAGGUCUCGAAGGAAACCGCACGCCUCGAGGCCCAAGCCUUUGAACUUGAGCAGCGUACAGCUCUUGCAGCUGAGGCUAAAAGAGUUCUUGAUUCUUGGGUUCAAUAUGAGGGCCAGGUUAAACAGCGUGAGCAGCGCGAACUUGCUGAGACUGUCAUGGCCAAAAUCCAAAAAGAAUUGGAAAACCCCAAGCUUCUCCAGCAAAUUUUGCAGCAGAGCGUCGCUGACGUCGAAAGAAUUGUGUCAUCCAAGGCCCAAUAG